GGAAUCCAUUUGUCCUUUUGAGGGGAAACAUACCUACCCGAUCCAGAUCCAGAUCCAAAAGUAACCCCGAUAUUAGCAAUAACAGGUACCUAAUAUAGAAGUUAACACACCCACCUCUUAACCACCAACAUGAGUGUUGGCAGCCUCUUGACCCAGUUCGACGAGGGACUGAGUUCGCUCUUGACACAAUGGAAUAGCUACUCUACGCUAAUUGUUACGGCCUUGGUGUUAAUCAUAACAUACUCCAUCGUGAACCGAGUUGACCCUGAGAUCCAUCCUAUGCUUCUCGCUCGUCAAGCGUCAAGCUCGCCAGUCCGAAAUGAAGGAGAAUCGCCUGUCUACCGCGGAAACUCAGCGCCUCACGGUUUACCUCUCAACACUGGAUUAAAUGUUAAAGAUGCCGGCGCUUCGAAAUGGGCCCAGGGUCGAGACGGAGACUUGAGAGAUAUCUGGCGCAGAGCUGUAUCCGGCCCAUCCGAUGAAGGUAGCUCGAAGGCAAAGGGCCGCAUCUUAACAGUCUUGGGAAGUGAGAAGGUUAUAGAGCACGAUAUAAACGAUAUUACGCGCCAGAUCAACCUCGUUGGAAAGCAUAUUGCUUCUCAAGGCGGAAAGAAGGUGGCCAUCUAUCUCCCCAACUCUGUCGAAUUUAUCGCCACCUUGUUCGCCUGCAGCUUUUACAAUUUGACUGCCAUUUUGUUGCCAUUUGAUCAGCCGGAGGAUGCGGUUAUCUCGAUGCUUCAAAGGUCCGGCGCGGACACCGUUGUAACCGCUCCGGGUGCUUUCCCGUUCGACAACGCCGUUUCUAGUUACCCGGGCCUUCGUCAACUCAUCUGGGUCGUUGACGAAGGUAACAAGCAUCUCGACUGGAACGAGGUCCCUAAGGGCAUGGGCGGCAGCGUCAACGUUUCUACUUGGCAAGAUAUUCUGAACGACAACCCCGUCACAGCUGGUACCGAAUUACCCCCCGCCGACCCGAAGGCUGAGAUCCAGGACAUUGUCAUCUUUUGGCAGUCUAAGCCGGGCACUCUUGAGGAGAUGGUUCGAUUCACCCAAGGAAACAUCGUGUCCGCUAUUUCGGCCCAGCUCACGGGAAUCCCUCAGAAGGAACGCUUCUCGCCUGCCGACCUCUUCCUAUCCGCGGCGUCCUUAUCGGCGUCCUUCCCUCUGGUCCUAACCCUCGCAGCUCUCUACUCCAACGCCUCCGUGGCUUUCAACUCCGUCGCCGGUAUAAACUCCGACUUGGUCCUAGCCACCACCGGCGUCGCACCCACCAUCGUUGUCGCGACCCCCGAAACUCUCAAAAAGAUCCACGAAGAAACCAAGAGCAGAGUCGGCGCCUCGCUCCUCACGCGUGUCUCGCAUUGGGUCCAGACGCGCAGCCUCGUCCUUGACGGCGUCAUGCCCGCGGCCUCCUUCCUCGCCUCGUACAACGAUUCCCUCUACCCGCAGAUCGGCUCCUCCCUGACCCCGACCCCCAAGCCCGGCAAGCUCCGCCUGCUAUACGUCGCCGAGCCCGCCGGCACCGGCGCCCCGCGCCUCUCGGAGCGCACCCUCUCGGACCUGCGCGUGUUCACCGGCGCCCGCGUCAUCUACGCCCUGUCCGCGGCCCGCGUCGCCGGCGCCGUCUGCCAGACCCAGUUCCACGACUACCGCGUCCUGGGCGACGGCUCCGGCGUGCACUUCGGCCCCCCCGUCAGCUCCGUCGAGGUCCUGUUCCGCGACGCCGACGGCCACAAGAUCACGGACGAGAGCUACGCCGGCGAGAUCGUCGCGCGCGGCCCCGCGGUUUCGGGCGCAGAGGCCCCGCUUGGCGUCGUGGGCACGGUUAGGGUGGAUAAUACGAUUGCUUAUUUGUGAGUGUGAGUGUGAGCUUGAACUGAGAGCGUUGGAUGAUGGUG